AUGUCGACUAUGAAACAAUGGGUGGUGGAAAGUAAGGACAAGGAUUUUGACGGCUUGGUCUAUCAAGAUGCGCCGGUGCCGAAAGGCCAAUACCCGUUCCCGACUAAAUUCCCCGUUGUUCCCGCUUCCGACGGGGCCGGCGAGGUUGUUGAGGUCGGUUCUAAGGUGACUGAAUUUAAGAAGGGUGAUAAGGUGGCGACUCUUUUCAACCAAGGGCACCAGUAUGGCGAUAUCGAUAUUCCGGCGACACUAACCGGUUUGGGUGGCGUAAUUGAUGGUGUUCUCCGUGAAUAUGGUAUAUUUGACGAGAAGGGACUAGUAAAGGCUGCUAGGAACCUCAGUCCCAUCGAGAAUAGCACCCUAUCGUGUGCAGCUCUGACGAGUUGGAACGCACUUUAUGGUCUAAAGCCAUUGAAGCCUGGUCAGACGGUUCUGGUCCAAGGAACUGGAGGGGUCAGCAUCUUCGCCUUGCAGUUUGCGAAAGCUGCCGGUGCUACUGUGAUUGCAACCACAUCCGCCGACCAGAAGGGCGAUAAACUGAAAAAGCUCGGGGCCGACCAUGUUAUCAACUACAAGACCGAUCCAAAGUGGGGUGAAACGGCUCGCAAGCUGACUCCAGAUGGCGCAGGUUUCGAGGGUAUCAUCAGCGUGAUCGGUUUCCUGGGUGGCGUGAAGCAUCAAGAUCAGCCGGCGAUUUUAGAAACAUUGAGCAACAUUUGUACCGUCCGUGGUGUCUAUGUAGGUUCCAAAGCACUGAUGCGGGACAUGAUCCGCGCUAUCGAGGCCAACGACAUCCACCCGGUUGUGGAUGAGAAAGUCUUUGCUCUUGAACAGGCCCGGGCGGCAUAUGAGUACAUGUGGGCACAAAAGCAUUUUGGAAAGUUGUCCAUCAAGGUCAACUAA